AUGUUGGGCAUGGAGCCCCAGCUCCUAGCAUCUGGGGGCAGGAUCACGUCUGCUAACAAAGGCUGGUGGGCAUCACCUCAGGGUGAGGACAGCGUGUCUGAGAAGUUCCUGAGGAAGACCAGGGAGUCUCUGCUGGUGCCUAUAGGCUUAGGAGGCUGCGUGGUGCUGGCAGCGUACAGGAUUUACCGGCUGGAGCCUCGUGGUUCCACCAAGAUGCCCACACACCUGAGUCACACCCGAGUGGCAGCCCAGGCCUGUGCUGUGGGUGUGAUCGUGCUGGGUGCUGUGUACACGAUGUACAGAGACUACAUCAAGAGAACCGCACGGGAUGCUGGGGAGAAGUGGGACUCCUGCAGGCCUGGGGCAGUCAGACCUCUUCGACCAACCCCUGGCCGCCUCCCUGGGGACCAGGCAGGAAGAGGCUGCAGCUGGGAGCAGUCAGUGCAGCCUCGUGGGAGACGACACAGAGCCAGGACCCAAGUGCCAGGACGAGCCUGUGCUGGAGGGAAGGGGGCGGAGCGGUGGGGAUGAAAAGAACGGAGCAAGGCAGAGGUCAGAAUGUUCUGUUCAUUUAUAAACCAUGUCUAAGGUCAAACUUUUAUACAAAAAAAAAUAAAAUAAAAAUCCACGUAAAUCCUGAGGACAGGGCCACGUGGGCUUCAACACUUCCGUCCCCUUCUCCUUCCCUGAGCCCACGCUCCU